AUGCUGCUAGACACCAUGCUGCAAGAGUGUCAUCUGGCUCUACGUUCCCCGCCUGUCAGAACAGUGCCCAAGUUGCAACGCCUGACAUUCGUCUUUAUACCGCUCGGGGUGAAGAAAGCCAGCAUCGCCAGUGCCUGUAUCGUGCCUGUUUCUGUGCAUUCCGACUCAUAUCUGCAAGCUCUACCCUUAGCGAUGUCCUCAAACAACGAGACCCGCUCUGACUAUACCGGAGCCGUGAAAGCGACUGGAGAUGGCGAAGUACUUGGCGUGCUCCCGCAGUUGCCUCAACCCCGAGCGGAUGUUGAGACCACUUACCUACUUCCGAAGUGGCUCUACAUUCGUGACAUCAGUGAUCGAUACCUGACCGUACGGCCUGGUCCUGUGUAUGGCACCGCGACACUUCGCAGCGGCGACUACGACCGGAACUCGAUUUUUCAAGCCGUUCAGAAGGGCAACGGAUGGUGGCGAAUUAUAGGAAACAAUGGGAACAGCCUCAUGCGCUACUAUUCCGGCUGGCUGAGCUGCGACGGAACAGAAGGAAAUGGAACCCUCCUACUGCAGAAAUUCAUUACCAGCGCCGACGGUUCCAUCUACCUGACCGACAACGCAGGCCCAGGAGGGAUGUACUUGUCCGCCGACCUCGAUAGCCAUGGGCGCCCUCUCUACUACAACUAUAUCAAGGACAAUUCCCGCUUUCGAAUCAUACAGGCCGCUGUCAAGAAUGAGAUCUACGACGUCAAAUACGACAUCUCUGGAGCCCAGGUCCGCGAUGCACCUCCCUUAAUCGUUCUCAGCACCUCCGUGCGUAAUGACUCGGACGUUACCGUUACCCAGACGCUGUCAUACCAGUACUCCAAGUCGGAGACUGGCACCUGGAAUAACACCGCAGGAGUAACGCUCGGAGCAUCGGCAACCUUCAAGGCCGGGGUGCCCUUCAUUGCCAGUGUGGAAUGGGAGAUAUCCGUCUCUGCGUCAUACUCCCAUGAGUGGGGUGGCUCUGUCGGGACGGAAAAGGUGGUAUCGGAGUCGACCUCCGUGACUGUGCCCCCGCAUCAGAAGGCACAAGCCACGAUUGUCGUGAGGAACGCGCAGAUCGAUGUCGGAUUCUCAUACAGAGAGGAAAUUUUAUAUGCAAACGGGGAGAAGGAGGACCUGCAGAAGCAGGCUCACCAACUGGGAGCCCACGGAUUGACCAGUCCUCGUGCCGCAGAUAUUCGCGACAUGCGUUGCCUUAUCCCCGCGGAGGCAAUCGUUGAUCAUGUCUCUGGCUCCCUGAGACAGACAGAAUUUCGAGAGUUUGUAGCUAUGAAUCGAUACGACGCGGGAGCGUUGCUCACGCAGGCACUGCGUUAG